AUGUCCUCUUACUUUGACCAGGAUGAUGUUGCCCUGUGUCACUUUGAGUUCUUCAAGGAGCAGUCACAUGAGGGACGGGAACAUGCUGAGAAACUGAUGAAAUUCCAGAAUAAACGUGGAGGCCGGAUCAGCCUGGAGGAUGUCAAGAAGCCAGAGCAGAAUGAUUGGAGUAAUGGUCUGGAGGCAAUGCAGAGAGCUCUGCAGAUGGGGAAGAAUGUGAACCAGAGUCAUCUGGAUCUGUACAAGCUGUCCCCUGGGAACACUGACCCUCAUUUGUGUGACUUCCUGGGGACUCACUACUUGGAUGAGCAAGUGAAGAUGAUCAAGAAGCUUUGA